UUUCCGGAAGUCAGCUGAUAUCCUGAACAAAAUGGCGUCCCAGGGUCCGAUGGUGAUCGCGAUGCGGCUGCGGAACCAGCUGCAGUCUGUGUAUAAGAUGGACCCCCUGCGGAAUGAGGAAGUAGUUAAAGUAAAAAUCAAGGAGCUGAAUGAGCACAUUGUGUGUUACCUGUGCGCAGGAUACUUCAUAGACGCCACCACAAUCACCGAGUGUCUGCACACAUUCUGUAAGAGCUGCAUUGUGAAAUAUCUGCAGACCAGCAAGUACUGCCCACUCUGUAACAUCAAGAUCCAUGAGACUCAACCCCUUCUGAACCUCAAACUGGACCGGGUCAUGCAGGACAUCGUCUAUAAGCUGGUACCAGGACUGCAGGAAAAUGAGGAGAAUCGGAUCAGAGACUUUUAUCACUCACGUGGUUUGGAGCGAGUACUCCAGCCAAGCGCAGUGGAAGAUCCCGUCGGUGAGGUUUCCCGACACUCCCUCUCACUGUCAGUGUCUCAGAGCACGGCACAUUAUUACAGAAACGACGAACAAGUCUGCCUCUGUUUAGAGAAAGUCAGUUCUGGGAAAGACAAGAAGAAGUUUAUCCUACAGCAGAAAUAUGUGAGAUGUUCUGCACGUUCGGAAGUUCGCCACCUGCGCAGAGUGCUCUGCCACCGACUUAGUGUUCCCCCUCCACACGUCCAGCUUCUGUUUGACAAUGAGACUCUGCCGGACAAUAUGACCAUGAAGCAGUUGUGGCUAACGCGUUGGUAUGGGAAGCCGGCUCCGCUGGUCUUAUCAUAUAGCGUGAAGGAGAAGAGGAGGUGACCGCCGCAUUGUAUGAAAGCUGUAUAUAAAUGAAAUGAGUGUCCUGUAUAUAGUAACACACCCUGACCAGGCUGGUACAGUUUACAGGGGUGUUUAGGAUUGAUUCCAGCAUGGUCUGCGUCUGUGGAUCUGACGCAAGAGUUCCUAGGUUGACCUUAAGACUGACUGCAGUGCCUUACGUCUCCAUGAUGGGCGACGCCUGCUUUCUAUGGAUUCGUUUUCAUUUGAAAAACUAUUUUGCCCCUUUUUAUUAAAAGGAAAAAAAAAAUUCUGGUAGCGUCAAGUUGGUGGGAGUGCAAUGUUUGUCUAUAUCUCAAGCUUUGGCGGGCUGUGGUUUUGGUGAAUAAAAAGGUAUAAAUUGCUGA